AUGACUGUUCUCUCACUUACACUCCCAUCAUUUCCUUUAUCCUACGCGCUUCCCUCUACCACGUUCAAAUCACGCGCCUCUCCUCCACUUAUCACUACCGCCUCUUCGUCUCCUUCCCGAAGACCGGAGCUUAAACAAGAUCGCCGUCGAUCAAUCAAAGCCAUGUCCCGCGACAUCAGCCCCGUUCCGCCGCAGGUGAUGAUGGAACUUGUAGAUGAAUCUGAUUUCGAGAAGCUUAUCUCAUCGGAGAACCGUAUCUCCAUCACUGGCUUCGGCUCUCUUCUCUCCGAGAGAAGCGCGAGGAGUACUUUCCCAGAUUUGGAGAAUUUCAGAGUCGCGAAGCUGCAAGGUUUCCGGCGAGUGUUCGCACACGCCGCUCCCAUCUUCUUCGAGCGCGGCAUCGCCAAUCUUCAAACUAAGGAGAUCUCAAGCCUGAGUGUUGAGCCUUGUGAAGGAGAGAGCCUUGUAGUGACUGUCUUUGAGAUUAAACAAACUGAGAUUCCUGCUUUUAUUCAAAGGGAGCUUGAGUUCCGUUUUCUUGCUGUUGUUCCUGAAACAUUGCAAGGCAAUCCUUUCACCCAUUCUGCGGUACUUUGUGGUCGAUACAGUGAUGAGGAGUUUUUCCGGAUUAGAUGCAAAGGAAACAAAGAGGUUUACUUUCAACACUAUGGAAGGUUCAACAUUGACAAGAUAUGGCGGGACGACAUCUUACCUUGUCGUCUCUAUCUAAGACACUGUGUGUUGGCAGCUAAGAAUCUGGGAGAUGAAGCUUACAAUAACUUUCUGGAUCAUACAUACUUGGGAGAUCGAAGGACAACCAUAAGAAAGUAUUUAAGCAGCAAAGGUUCUGGGAUCAUGGAGGAAGAACCACCUGAGGCUCUCAAGUCCAGAUAUGGCGGUUGAUCAAACAGAUGGCUUCUUCACAUAUUCUUCUUCUUUCAAACUCUUAAGACGUUAAUAAUAUAAAAAUACAAACUGAUUGGUUUUAUUU